AUUUAGCCCCAAUUAAAAUUGGGUUAUGACAGUGUUUUAAGCUUGAUUAUGUAGAAUUUAGCUUGAAGUAGCUGCUGUGAUGUUUUGUGUGAGAAAUCUCGUGUGUGUGAGUUGUGAUUUGCCAAGUUAUGCUCUCCCUGUGAUGCCGUGAGAAAUGGAAUGAAUUUUGGUAGCUUUAAGCUAUGUUUUUAAGUGUGGUUAAGUAGGAAAUUAGCUUGAAUUGGGUUGUUGUGAUUUUGGAGAAAAAUCUCGUGAGAUUAGCUAUGGUUUUGCAAAUUUGGAAGUUGAAGAUGUCCGGUUAUGUGGAGAUUGAUAGAAAUAGCACUGUGAUUAGGGGUAGUGCUAAUGAUGAUUUCACUUUGAAAUUGUGGUAGUGAGGUAUUAACUAUGGAAUAUUGUGAUUAGGUUCCUGAUCGUUCUAUCAAUUUAGCACUGAGAUCGAGCCUUUGUUUUAAGCGAGUGAGCCUGUUUUGUCUUCGAUGUAUUCAUGUUUCUAUAAUCCUGCUAGUGGGGGUUAAAUGCUAGCACAUGUCGGCACAUGUCGAUAUGUUAUUGAUAGAACCGGUUCGCUUUUGUAAUCCUGCUAGUGGGGGUUAAACACUAGUAAUUUCUGUAGCCUGCCAGUGGGAGGUUUAUAACACUGGCCGUGACCUAUAGAGGAGACAUCUAUUUCGUUCCAGUACUGUAUCCAUUUUUUGUGAUUGCACAUGUUGGCAUGCUAUAAGUUUAAUAAGGGGCACUCCAUAUU